UGUCAAAAAGCUUCUAAAUUGUUUUGGAAACUUUCCAAACUUUCCUGCCGAAAGCAGUCGAUUUAGUCGUGUUAUUUGUGCGUGCAAGAUGUCGAAGAAACCGACGACGGGCCCGGCCCUGCAUAAGGUCAUCAUGGUGGGCAGCGGCGGUGUGGGCAAAUCCGCCCUAACGCUACAGUUCAUGUACGACGAGUUCGUGGAGGACUACGAGCCAACGAAAGCGGACAGCUACCGUAAAAAGGUGGUACUGGAUGGUGAGGAAGUCCAAAUCGAUAUCCUCGAUACGGCGGGCCAGGAAGACUAUGCCGCAAUCCGGGACAAUUAUUUCCGCAGCGGAGAAGGCUUCCUGUGUGUGUUUUCCAUCACGGAGGACGACAGCUUUCAGGCGACUCAGGAAUUCCGGGAACAAAUAUUACGCGUGAAGAACGAUGAAAAUAUUCCAUUUCUGCUGGUGGGCAAUAAAUGCGAUUUGAAUGACAAACGGAAGGUACCGCUAUCGGAGUGUCAAUCCCGUGCCCAACAGUGGGGUGUGCCAUACGUUGAAACAUCGGCUAAAACACGCGAAAACGUGGACAAGGUGUUCUUCGAUCUGAUGCGUCAGAUACGGUCGCGCAAGACGGAAGAUUCCAAGACAACAAACGGUCGCGUUAAAGACAAAUCCAAGCGGCGAAAAAUCAAAUGCAUGCCAUUAUAGAGCCGAAACGUCGGUUUCCUCAUCAUCCCGCACGGUGGAAGCAUUACGAAGCGCGUAACCACCACAAACAGGGCAUACGGCCGUGCUUGCAAGUGGGCAAAUACUCACCCAUCAUACAUCAGGAAUCACAUACAAACUCACGUACGAAACUAAACCGGACGGCCGUACGGUUUCGCGUACGAGAGCGGGCGCUUUAUACGGUGAUUGAGUUACGGAAUGCGUAUUGGUUUCGGUUUUCAUUUCCUUUUGUUGUUGUAGCAAUUAUGCUCUCGCGUCCGCAUCGACACACAACAUGGCACCACACAAAGCAAACAACACACACACAUACAGGCAUCGCUAUUUAGUUACAUUUGUACUUUAAGUGGAAAGGGAUAUGUUCUGGUGCAAUCCCGCGCGAAGUAUAGGAAUGGCAGGCAUAGAAUGGCACUAGCAGAAAUAUCUGCACUGUUAUCAGGAUAUAGGAAUCGAGCAGGGGGAAGCUUACGCACUCAGUCCUGUAGUGCAUAUUGUGACAAAGAAGGUUGGUCCUAUCAACCCGGAAGGUUAGUGUAAGCUUAGUUAUUAAAUGUAAUUUCUCCUCGUACAUUCACCGUAAGCUACCAUUUAUGAGGUAUUGUUUGUUUGUUUGUUUGUUUAUUUUUUUAAGACCACACUGAUCCAUCAGUGCGUGUCCUGUAAGUGUAAGAUCAUGGGACUGUAAUCAGGAGCCACAAAACAAAUAGAUAACAACAGACGAAAGAAUGGAUGGUUCAUCUAAUGAUUUACGCAUUCUGUUCAUUAUCCAUUAUCCAAUGCUUAAGAUGCAAAAGUGAUGAGCUGUGAAUAUACUCGAUCGAUCGCUCUCUUUCGCUCCCUCUGUGACGCUUUCCGUAAUAUGCACGUGUGCUUCUUUAGCAAAUCUCAAUUUCGGUGGCAUUGCAUUUUGCAAAACGUUUCGCAACGCUAGACUGCACUAUUCCCAGGCGCGGCACGGAAACACGGUGCCUCGAAACCAGUGUGCGGUGAAUCGGAUUCAGAUCUUUGACUGGAUUGAGCUGGAGGAAUGAAUCUGAAUCUCUAUUUUGGAGACUCAUGGGUUCAGAAAGAUUCAUGAAACCUGUGCGCUUCAUGAAUGCUAAUAGAUUCAAGAAUUCUCAUAGAUCCAUGAGCCACCAAAGAUGAAUGAGUCCUCAACGAUACAUGUAUUCUUGUAGAAGAGGAACCUUCAUCCUUAGUCUAGAAUCGAUGAGAAUUCCUGUUAUCUUAUAAGAGUGGACUCCUCACUGAAGAUUCAGAUGAAUGAUUCAUUUCAAAAGAUUCACUAAGCACAACACUACUCGAAACGGUUGGUGGUACAUCGGUCAAGCCCCCCACACGCUUACACGCGCUGUUGUGCGAUGUUUAGUGCGCAAUAGGGUUGGGAAUGCAACAGUUUGGCAUUAUACCACAGUUUAGUUUAAUCGUACGCAAUUAAAUUCACACGGCUGCAUAUGUGUCAUGUUUGCUGUUCGUUAACAAACUAAUAAUAAAACCAAACGAAAAACAUAUUCACGCAAUUAUCAGGGACGGAUCUAUUCCUAACAAAUGCAAAAGCUUAUGUGGUUCUAUUAUGUAUGCAAAAAACACAAAAGAGACCAGCAAAAACAAUGCUUUAGUAAUUUUAGAUAAUUUAAAUGUUUAUUGCAAAACGAGUGUGUGUGUGUGUGUGUUUGUAUAUUUGUUUGUGUUUGGUUUUGUGAGCAUAAUUUUUAAAUCGUCUCGGUUUUCUUGCCUUUUCCAUUCUUUUGUAACGAAAACAAAAACCACAUCUCUCCCUUACAUUACCAUGCGGAUUUUCGCGCGACUCCACGAUCUCUCCGGGUGUGCACGUUCGGUGGGGAAAACGCCCCCUUGUUUGCUUUGCAGAUCUUUUACGAUCUGAUACGGGACAUCUCGAACAGAAAGAAACAAAGCCAAAGCACGGUCCCGCAGCCAAACCGGGACAAGAAGGGCUGCUGCAGGAUCCUUUGAGCGGAAGCAGGGAAAGGACAUCCUUCCUCAGGCGCGCCUCCUGCCCAAAACCAGCCCUCUCCUUCUAUUUACCGUGUAUUCCUCGCCGAGACUUCUCUCCCCCCCCCAAGCCGAGCCCGAGCUGCCACUCAUCGUUUUAAAGCGGUUAGGAAAGAUAUUAUAAGUUAGGGAAAACGGAAGGUUCAAGCAAAGGGAAAGAAACAGCUUGAACGAUCCAUACCCCUAAAUGCACACACUAGGGGCGGGUGUUGGCAUCGCAGUGCGAACAUUGUUCACCACACACAAAACACACACGACGGGCACCAAAUUAAUGUAAGAACGCAUGAAAAGCUUUUCCUUUGUUUACGUUAAGGUAUUCGGUUUUUUUUUAAUUUGCCUGUUUUUAUUCCCUCCGUUCAUUAACGAGCGAUUUACAUUCACGCCGCGACCAUGAAAGCGAGAGGUAACAGCAGCAAGCCCAAGUCCUACAUCGUGUUUCGUCAGACGAAACCGAUGCGAGGAAGGAUAUUCCGUUUCGGGAUGUAUUAGAUCGGUCAGUGCGGAACUUUAUGUAUUAGAUAUUAUGGUGCAAAACGUAUAAUAGAGUAGAUUCGGUUUCCCCUAUAUUAGUACUAUCGUUUGCAGGGCGAAAAAGUAUAAGCUAUACAUUACGUUUUAUCGUUCCUUCCCACUACGCAUAUGGCCUCAAAGAUAGCGAAGCAUAGUUUAACUUUUAUCUGCUGCUUACUAUUUAUUAGACAAUACACAAUACUGUGCGCGCGUGCACUCUGGAAGAUCGGAAUCGGACCGAGGAGAGCAUAAGUGUUUUGUUGUUUCUUUGUGUAAGGAUCGCAACAAAAAAAAAGGAAUUUCGCGUUACUAGCCGAGUAA